GCGAGUUUGCGAGCGUAUCGAUUUUACGAUCCGUGUCUGUCCGCGAUUAGUGUGUCCGUGUUCCUUUAGUUUUUUAGUGAUCGGUGAGUUCGUUAUAUUACAUGGAUAAAACCGUGAAUGGGAUUACAAACUAGACGAUACAAACUGUACGUCCGUUAACUCCAAUAACCAUCGUUGAAUCAUGACCAAGGAUAGAUUAGCAGCCCUCGUCGCGGCUCAGUCGGAUGACGACGAUGUGGCGGAUGAGGUGUCUGUCCCCGUGGGUGGGCAGGAGGAUUUCAUGACAGAAUUCUUCGCGGAUGUGGAGGAAAUCCGCGAAAUGAUUGACAAUAUCCAAACGAACGUCGAGGAGGUGAAGAAGAAGCACAGCGCCAUCCUUUCGGCGCCACAGACCGAUGAGAAAGUCAAAAUGGAACUUGAGGAUCUCAUGGCUGAUAUCAAGAAAUCUGCUAACAAAGUUCGAGCCAAGUUAAAGGUUAUAGAGCAAAAUAUUGAGCAAGAGGAACACACGAACAAAUCAUCCGCGGAUCUCAGGAUACGCAAAACUCAACAUUCAACAUUAUCCAGGAAAUUUGUCGAGGUAAUGACGGAGUACAAUCGAACGCAGACCGAUUAUAGGGAACGGUGUAAGGGAAGAAUACAACGACAGCUUGAAAUUACGGGGAGAACUACGACUAAUGAAGAGCUCGAGGAAAUGCUUGAGCAGGGGAAUCCUGCAGUAUUCACGCAGGGGAUUAUUAUGGAAACGCAACAAGCCAAACAGACACUUGCAGACAUCGAGGCACGUCACGCAGAUAUCAUAAAAUUAGAGAACUCCAUCAGGGAACUACACGAUAUGUUCAUGGAUAUGGCUAUGCUAGUUGAAAGUCAGGGCGAGAUGAUUGAUCGCAUUGAAUACCACGUGGAGCACGCAGUCGACUAUGUGCAGACAGCCACGCAGGACACCAAGAAAGCCCUCAAGUAUCAAAGCAAAGCUCGACGGAAGAAGAUUAUGAUCAUGAUCUGCCUCGCAAUUCUCGCGGUGAUUGUGGCUACCACCAUCGGCAGUUACUUUGGACUUUGAACACCCAAUUCAGGUCACUUCACGGGUAAUGGUUUUUCACCGCUCGCCCGCAUCACAUGGUGGAUAAAGCGCACUCGAUUCGCCGUCGAUCAGUAUCACUCAUCUCGCAAAUCACCCACUACCACCAACUACCCACCAAUGCGACCAGCCCGCGAGACGACCAUCAUCUUCAUCCUCCAUUUAUCACUAGAACUUCAUAACAAUCAAGUCUCCGCACUACACUCGUCGCGUCGACUCCUCCAUAAAAUCUAAAUCCACAAAAAUCCUCAUAUAUUAAUUUCCAUUAACGAAGAAACAACUAUUGCCGUUAACUCUGAUUUGUGAAAAAAUACACGGACAAAUGACGGGAAAUGAGAAAUUAACAAUUGAUAACGCGCCGAGUAAUAAACAUAAUUAGCUAAUAUUAUAUGAAAGGUUCACCACGGGAAACUUAAGCAUUAGUAGAAACAAACAGAAGUAACAGAAAUAAAAUAAUGAGAAAAUCGACAAAAAGAUUAGGAGGGAAAUAAUCACAAAUAAGAUCUGAAAAAGUUACAGUUCUGCCGAUUUUCACGUCGUUACUGACCCUUUGUCAUGUCUAUGGCGACUUAAAACUAUAUAAAUUUUUGCUGCAGCAAUAAAUAAAUAUUCUAACAUAGAUGUUAUCUCGAGACCUAUUCGAAAUGAAGAAAAGAACCUAAUGUGUCGAUUUUGUUUUCAUCGAUCUAAUGAAUUAUAAAAGAAACAUUUGGCCACACUAUAUCUACAUAUAUGCAUGUAUAUAUGAAAAUGCUGCGGCGAUGAAUAGAAAUAAAGCAGUACUGAAAACAUAAUGCAACAGCGCGGAGGAAUAUUAAUAGUGAGAGAAAGAUUAUGACAUGAAUGGAGGGGAGAAUAAAAAAAUGAAUUGGCAUUGCCUACUUUACUGGUAAAGAAUAACCAAUUAAUGUUAUAACGUUUUGUUGAAUAUAUCAUACCAAAGUUGAGAGAAAUACCAUUGAAAUGAUAUUAUGCAUUAAACUGUUUUAUUGGGGGAUGAGAAAAAAAAGGUAAAAAAAAUAAUAUAACAAUAAUUAUCAUUAAUGAGGAUGAAUAAAAGCAUUUGACAUUGCGGUCAUCACCUCAAAUUGUACAGAAAUAUGUAAUUGUUAGAUUAGGUAGCUAUGUUAUUAUCUAUUUACCUAUACUAAUUACGACUAAAAUGAAAAAUGAUUAAAAAAACAGAAAAAAAACAUGAUUAAAGUGGAUUAUAUCGAUUUGUCAAGCAGUCACCAUUGCAAAUUACGAGUUCUAAUCUGAUGAAUAUGGCAGUGCGGGCGUGAUACAUAUAAAUGAACUUUGAAGUGAAUUAAAGUUGUGAGAACUUAAAAAGAGAAAAGGGGAAAAUUUUUAAAUCAUUUGCAGUGAUAUUCACUGCAAUGAAGCAAGCCAUUGCAUAAGCUUUCUCGGUGUUCAUUGAAUAAAGCGCUUUUUCCUUCAGAGUAACUUAAGUAUGGGAAAAAGAAGUCUUAAAUAAUGAAAGAUGUAUAGGAGUCUCUCAUAGACAAACACAAUUUAAAUAUCUACGAGGAAUCCUAUUAAGGUAGGGCUGGAAGAAAUGUGUACCGUACGAUUUUGUUAAUUUUUUAUUGUCGUGCAUUUGAGGUAAUAAUUUCAAAUAGUUUUGACAAUUGGCAAAUUAGAGGAGACAUAGUUAUAAAAACCUUAAAUUCUCUGCAGUUAUUCCGAAAAUUAGUGUGACGUUUGCCAAAAAUGUCGAAGGACCUUUUUAUAGUUCUCGAAAUUGUUUUGAAAAAAAUUGUCUCACCAUUUUUCCUCUAAGCCUCUUGAUUUUCAGUUAAUCACAAAAUUGUCUGCAAAUGCAUUCUGGACUCAUCUUCUGUCAUGUACUGUGUCUCCACUGAGUGAAAUUUGAAUCUAUAAAAGUAUCAUUUGCUUCGUGGUUGAAAAUUCGUACGGCAUUUUUUCUCAUUCUUAUUUAUAUUGUGCGGCUGAAUCAACUUUUUUGUUCUAGAUAGGUCAGCUCUUGUCACUAAAGCUAAUAAUUUUUUCAUUAGAAGAAAGUGUUUGAAGAAAAAAAAGUACUGUCGAAAUAAUGAUCUAUCUCUAACGAUUACUCAAUCAGUCUGUAAAUUUUUAAUAUAAUUGAAGCCAUCACAAAGAGGAGGGGGCAAAUCAUUAAAUUGCAUUCGUGGGAUUCUUGACCUUACAUUGAGCGGAAAAAGUACAUUGCUGGGCUUGGGAUAUAAUGAGACCCAGUUUCCCAGUGAAAUGCAACGACUCAUAACUUUAGUUAAGUAAUCAUAUUAACUUAAAUUAACAAAAAUAAAGUUUACCAUAACUGCCGUAUUAAUCUUCUGAGUGAACACAUAAUUUAUGCAAGUCCAGUGAUGCUACUGUUUUCAUGAAAAAAUCACGCUUUUAGUCACAAAAACAGGCCAAGUCAGUUACUAUCAGAGUCGUUUCUCCUUUGAGGUCUUCAUUUUCCAGUAAUUUUUCAUUUCCCGGAGAUUCAACAGUGAUGACUUAAUUAAUCACGUUUAAUGGAAUGGAAUUGCAGAUUAUUCUGCAAAUAUCACUGAAACUUCCGAGUUUACUGAGACAUAUACUAAAAGAAUACCCGAAACAUCCUUCCUAAGCGCAAUUUAAUUUCAAAGAUAUUCCCAAAAUAAUGUGAAACAUUAAUUUGGAGUUCUUCGCAUUUAACCACUUCACUGCAUACUUUUUCUCUUCACAUAUACAAACAACUCGAAAAUGAAGAAAUCAGGUCAAACAAUUUCUCUGAUAAUUUCUAAUAUGACCAAACUAUAUAAAUAUUAUAAAUAUAUAAAUAGUUGGGCGUAGAAGUUUAGCUUGAAUCUCAAAAUUCUAGACUAGCAUAACGUCCCUCAUCAUAGGAAUUGAGAGAAAAAAUUAAUUUUAACUAAAAUAAUUAAAUAAUGAAAAGGAAAAACGUUAAUUUCUUAUCAAUUAGAUAAAAAAGAUAAUAAUUAAAAAAAGAAGGUGAAGAAAAACACGACAACAAGUUCAUUGAGUAAUGUUAUAUAAAUUUUAGAGAUGCACAAUCGACUGUGUGUGUUAAACGAGUUUGGCCUAAACUUGGUUAAGUUGAGGUUGAUGCUCUAGGUGCCAUUCGCCUUGAUGAACCUUUGAAACAUUUUAUUGUAAUCGGAGAAUCACAUUGAGUUAACAUGAGCGGCAUAGACUAUGGCAUAGCUAAUGGCACUGCCAACUAAUGAAUAGAAUUGGAACUUAAUAAAAAAAUGAUGCAGCAAUAAGAUCUGUAGUCAAGUGUUGAAAGGUCAUUUUAAAAUUCCAUAAUUUCGUUCAUUACCAAUUUAUUUCAAGGACAAUUGAUUUGAGGAGAAAAUUGGAACCCUUAUUUCAGUUGUCGUAAUUGACACCCCAAGAUCUCUCUUGGAAUUUUUCCCGACCAGUAGGGAUUGUCAAGAUGACCUCAUGUUCAACAAAAUGUGAAUAAUUUACUCGUUUCGUCCUGUCAAGUUUCACAGCUUCACGGUUGAAACAGAAAGAAUCUCGGAAAAAUAUGAAACAAUUGUGUUGAUGUGUAUGUACCUCGUCUCUGCCACGCGCUGCGUCUAGUCUUCUGUCACUCAUGAUUAAAAUGUAAUUGUAACUAUAAAAAUGACUACGUUUAUCGGUUGCCUAAUGAAACCAUCGGCGAGCACUGAAAAAUAACAGAAAAAAUCCAAAAAAACAACAAACAAAAAGAGGAUAAACAACUUAACAUUAUAAUUAAGCGUUUUAUUGUGAUUUAAUUCCUGGCACCAUUGAAAAAAAAGUGAUCGUCUUUCUAUGAAAUUGCAAGAGAAAGAAUUACGACGAAAAACGUGUAGUUUAUAAUCGAGAUUUAAAUUUUCUUGGUGUCAUUAAUAAUAAUUAAAAAAACGCUAAUUAACUAUCAUCAGCAAUAUUCUGUCGGCUCUGAUUCUACUGGUGUUUUUGAUUAUACGUGUGAAGAUCAACUAUCGUCUUCCCCAAUAUGUGCGUUAUGUCCUUUGAAAGAAAAAAAAAAAAGAAAAAAGAAAAUUUUACGAGUUUCUCACAAUUUUACUCGUAGUAGUUUCGUAAUAAGAUAACGCGCACUUGGCUCACCAAAUUAAAAAACGUACAUAGUCUUUGAGUGUCGACAAUUAUAAUGUUCUCUAUUGCCAAAAAUGAAAUGAAAUUGAGAAAAAAAAUGGAAUAAAAACGAAAAAAAACAUUUAUGAAAAAAAUAUUACGGACUUGAGAGCGUAGCAUUCAACCUCGACUUCUUGCAUAAUAUUUAAUUACAUUAUAUACUUUGCAUUCUCAUUAUCGCAUUUUUGCUGCGCGCGUACUAUUUCUGAAGGAAAGGGCAAUAUCAUGAUCGUUAAUUGGCAUUGCUGAAACGCUAUCCAUCUGCAUUUUUGUAGGAAAACCAAAAUCUGUGAAAAAAAUAAAAUAAAGAAAAUUAAUAAUGUCGAUUCGUUUUGCGACGUGGAGAGCAGAAAAUUGUCCCAGAUAACUUAUUAAGCGAAAACUAAUGUAAUAAAGUGACGAAAAAAUUAAUUUAAAAAAAGAAAGUGUGAUAAGAAUAUUACAAUUCUAUACUAUAAACAUCAAAAAUGUAUAUGGGUCGUGUCACAUCGGUGCAAUUAUUACUAUGAAAGGCUAUUCGAAUAACCUUUAUAAGUGUCAAUUCCACUUUUAACUUAAAAAACAAUUAAAUGAAAAAGAAAUUAAUUAUUAAUGAAAAAAAAAAAAACGAAAAAUCAUGAUUUUGAGAUGCAAAAACCCCAACUGAAACAAUGAGAUUAAUGGAAAAUAAAUAAAUUACUGAGAUGAUAACAGAAAGCAAUUGCAUGGCAUUUCGGCAUUCAUGCGACAAAGUGAGAUUAUUGAUAAUAUUUAAUUACAAAAAAAAAUACUUCAAAAGAAAAUGUAGCGUGAGGAUGCAUUUAAAGAUAUGGCGAAUACUUUUUAUUGUAGGUAUUUCAUAGUAAACGAAAAGACAACAAAAAUCAUAAAUAAAGAUAAUGUAUUAAAGAAAUUACUUAUUAAAUAAAUCCAUGGUGUUUUCUGCCUAUUACAUACAAUUACUACAAUCUCAUAAUUAUGGUCAGUUGAUGAUUGAUAAGUAAGGAGUCAUAUGUUGGAGAUCAUUUUAGUUGAUUAUUGAGAAAAAAAGGAUUAAACAUUGUACAAAGCUGGCAAUAAGCUUAACAGCCUUCCAUAAUCAUUACUCGCUUUAAAGAAAGCCGUAAAUAAAGCAUAUCCAGUGUGGCUUUUUUUUCUAACUGGCGAAAAAGCGUGAAAGAAUGGAGCUAGUAAAAAAGCGGAAUAAAAUUCCAAAACUGAUUAGCAAAUUAUUUCGAGAAUAUGUGUGGAAUGGAGAGGUUUAUAAGAAUUCAUCGCUUAACUUUUCAAAAAAGUUCUUCCAAUAUUUUUUUCCAAACACGUUAAUUUCAAAACUACUUGUGAAAUAAUCCACGAAUCUCCUUCAAUUACUUUACUAUGGUUUCACCUCAGUAGUUCUUUCACUUUGUCAAACUAAGUAACAAACAAAAUCCUGUCCAUUUUUAUGAGCGAAAAUUCACCACCGACACUGAAAGAUAAUGUUUCUACGGGUGGAACUAUUUAAACAGUGAUGAUUAUUGCAGAUGAAAAAGAAAAUCAUUAAAAUCAUUUAUGUAGUCUUUCCCACGACACAUCGUGACACGGAGGCUCCACUCUGAGCAGCACAAAGUAAUCCUAUAAAAAGGCAAAUCAUUCACUAGUAGAUAGUUAGGGACUAGCAAUAGUGAAAUCAAUAAUUCCACACGUAUCAAACUGGCAGGCCAUCUUUGGAGUUAUCUAUUGCUCACCUUUAGUAAUCACAUAUAAAUUCUUGGCAUUAUUCAAUGACUAACAAUUUCGUGAGUCAAGAUUUCUCCAGUAUGAGAAUAAAGGAGUGAUUUCCCAAAGGGAUUGAAAUCGAUGGGCAAGACUUUCUUGCUUGAAUUUUAUCAGCGGAGUGGAAUAUUCGCAGUUUGUAAAAUCCCAGAAAAAAUCAGCAUAACUUUCUUGAAGAACCUGGUCAGUUUGAUCGUACAUUAAUGGGGCACACGAAGAGAUCAACCCUUUUCAUGCAAAUAUGCACCGAAAUCAUGAAAUAACAAAACCAUUGAAAAAAAUCUACAAACAAUUAUAUUCUUUUACGUUACGGCCCACUCAACUAUAUCGGAGGUAGUUCAGUAUAUUUUACAUUACGAUAGUAGCAUUAAUUAAUUAUUUUACCCUGAUUUUAUAUGUAAUCGAAAUGAUAAAAGAGAUGAAGCAUAUAUUUCCAAUGAUGUAGUCUAUCCAGCACUGAAUAAAUUCGUAAAGUUAUCGGCAUGUUAGAUGCAAUCCACACCGAGUUACAUUUUUGAGAUGAGAUUUAAUAAUUAAAUCAUGUUCAGUGUGUUUAAGGGGAAGAAAAAUGUUGUUUGAGGGAGGAAUAAAACUUCAAUCUGCGAAUUACAGUCUUUUGUUGUUAUCCUGUCUGAAUUAUUCACUGUUUCCUUCAAGGAAUGCUUUUAAUUCAUUCAUAGAUUACAUAUAUUUAUUCUUUAUAAUCAAUAAAUAUCUGUACAAACGAAAAGUAUAAUAGAGAUAAUUACAGGCCACUAGAUCAACUAAGACAAGAUGUAUUAUUAUGCUUAGUUACUCGUGUUAAAUUAUUGAGAUCCGAAUAAACGAAAUGCCAUAUGUU